AUGUCGAGCCAACAUUCGGCAUUCCAAUAUGAGGACAGUUUGGCAGCAGAUGCAAAAGAUGUCUCUGAGGUUGAUGCUUUGGAUUAUGUGGCCGCCUAUACUGUGGGUAACGAUGUUUCUGCCCGGAAGCUGCAGACGAAGCCCGAGCUUGCAGGCCCAAUGCCCCAGGCGUGCUUCUCAAAGGGGUUUGAUACCUAUGCACCGAUGGGUCCUGUUCUCGUAGCAACUAGUCUCAUUCCCGACCCAACUGUGCUUAAGCUAGAGACACGAAUCGACGGGGAGCUGCGCCAAAAGGGUGAUCUAAAUGACCUCGCAUUUUCCAUUCCAUAUUUAAUUCAUUACCUCUCAUCAGGUACCACUCUACAGAAAGGUACGGUCAUUAUGACGGGAACGCCAGGAGGUAAGCUAAUCUCUGUUCUUCUCCAAAAUGCCACUCUAAUUCCAUUUCAAUAG